UGUCUUCUGAGAUCAUAUUUGACCCAGGUAUUUCUUCAGACAGGUUUCACUGUCAUGAGUCCAGUCCUGGUGUUUUGUUAUUUAGGUCAGUGUGCUAAGAUCAGCACAUUCAUGUGGGUGUGGCAGGUAUUGGAGAGAUGAUUAUAUGACUUUUAAUUUCUGGCCAAAAUAUGAUUUUUAUAUAGAAAAAAUAGUAGUUAUAUCAAUUUAGUUCAUGGAGACUUAAAUUAUUUUUAACAAUUCAUACGUUCUUUUGACCAAAGUGUAUUAGAUUUCUGCUGACUUUUUAGUAUCAUAGUACCUUGUGAUAGUUUCUUUAUAAGGUUUAAAGGUAUAUGCCAGUUUUGUUUCCCUAGUACUAUUUAUAAGAAAUAAUUUCUGCAAAUGCUAUAAGGGGAAUGCCUCCAGAAGUCCUUACAUACCGUUUACAUAUUAUGAGGAUUGGUCAGUUUCAUUGUCUUUUGUCAAUCUUGCUCGGAGCUCUCAGAGUAAGUCUAUAAGCCUGCAUGUGCCUGGCAACUGUUACCUAGUGACAGUUUCAGCUGCAGUAGCCAUUGGCUGUGCUGUUGAUUGGGGCAGGAGGAUCGAGUCACCUUUCUGAUGGUGAGUUCUUCUGCAUCAGCUCGGGAUGAGGAGGAGGAGCAGACUCUGGCUCAGGUGGAGGCAGCAAGGCUGAGAAACUGUGAAGAAUCUCUCGGCAGCAUCCUGAUAGCUGCAUCACAGUAAUCGGACUUCUGAAUCAAACAGUGCAGCCUUGCAGCUGGUCAGAGUGAAUACACGAGAAGCACCAUCUUAUUCUUCUAACGAGAGAAGUAUUUUCUGAUAAGUGAAACUCAGCAUGUGCAAGGAGGAAUAUCCUGUGCCUGACAUAAAGGACUUUCCUGAGUGAUGUGUUGCUGCACGAGAAAAUAACUUUGAGAAGAAUGCUUUCUAUUAAGCUGCUACAUUGUUCCUGAAGGAAAUGCUUUCAUUUCUAGUGCAUGCUAUUUCUUCAAAAGCUAUGACAACAAAGAGUGACAAGAGACCCUCUGAAUUAUUUGUACUUGGGAAAAAGACUUGGGCAAAUGUUAGCCCGAUGCCAGAAUGACCUUGGAAGCCUUUUGGAUGGAUUCUGCCCUGCCAGAAUCACAGUCUGUUAAAGUCCAGGAUUUAAACCCAUCUUGAUAUUUUGAGGUAUUUUAAAACAGUGCUACUUCCCAGACUACCUGAUGACCCUGCUUUAAUUGUGCUUUUGAUUAAAAUAGAAUACAGAAACAGAAGAGGCAUUUCCUUAACAUAUGGCUGCUAAUAACUGCAAAUAUAAUAAACAAGCUCACCCUCCUCCUCUAUCCCCCAAAGCUGAGAUGUGUCACUGGUGAACUAAGGCUGAUGAAGAGACCUGAGCACACUGUGGAUGCUCAGCUGUAAUACAGGCACUGGCACUUUCUACUGAAGCAGGUUCUGAGACACUGAUUGCAGAGUUUAACAGAUGCUGGCACGGGCACCCGCUUGUUGGAGCCAAAGCUACAAAUUCCCUUAAUUCCAAGCCAUGAAUGAAUCCAAGUGGACUGAAUGGAGGAUCCUGAACAUGACCAGUAGCAUUGUGAAUGUGUCCGAGCAUCACUCCUGCCCACUUGGAUUUGGUCACUACAGUGUGGAGGAUGUCUGCAUCUUUGAGACAGUUGUCAUUGUCUUGCUGACAUUUCUAAUCAUCGCUGGGAAUUUAACAGUCAUCUUUGUCUUUCAUUGUGCUCCACUGUUACACCAUUAUACUACCAGCUACUUCAUACAGACAAUGGCUUAUGCUGACCUCUUCGUUGGAGUUACCUGCUUGGUUCCUACUCUGUCCCUUCUCCAUUACUCUACAGGUGUCCACGAGUCAUUGACUUGCCAGGUGUUUGGAUAUAUUAUCUCAGUUCUGAAGAGCGUUUCUAUGGCAUGUCUUGCUUGCAUCAGUGUGGAUCGCUAUCUUGCAAUAACCAAGCCUCUUUCCUACAAUCAACUGGUCACCCCUUGUCGCCUGAGAAUUUGCAUUAUUAUGAUUUGGAUUUACUCCUGCCUAAUUUUCUUGCCUUCCUUUUUUGGCUGGGGCAAACCUGGUUACCACGGUGACAUUUUUGAAUGGUGUGCCACAUCUUGGCUCACCAGUGCCUAUUUUACAUGCUUUAUUGUUUGUUUACUUUAUGCUCCUGCUGCCUUGGUUGUCUGCUUCACUUACUUUCACAUUUUCAAAAUUUGCCGGCAGCACACCAAAGAGAUAAGUGACCGGAGGGCUCGAUUCCCUAGCCACGAGGUGGAUGCUUCUAGGGAGGCAGGACAUGGCCCUGAUCGUCGCUAUGCCAUGGUUUUAUUUAGGAUAACCAGCGUGUUUUACAUGCUAUGGCUUCCGUAUAUUAUUUACUUUCUUCUAGAAAGUUCUCGUGUCUUGGACAAUCCAACACUGUCCUUCUUAACCACCUGGCUUGCAAUAAGCAAUAGCUUUUGUAACUGUGUAAUAUACAGCCUCUCAAACAGUGUUUUCCGCCUUGGCCUCCGAAGGCUUUCUGAAACAAUGUGCACAUCUUGUGUGUGUGUGAAGGAUCGGGAAGCACAAGAUCCCAAACCUAGGAGACGGGCAAAUUCCUGCUCCAUUUGAAGAGAACUGCACAGUAAAUCAAAUGCAAUGUGACAGUGGUUCUGGAUUGUAUUCUUGAUUCAUUUGGAAAUUUGUCCUAGAGAAAUAUUUUGUGAAUAGUUGACCAUGAAGUGAAGAAUGAGGUUAAAGAUCUCUUUUAUUUCCUUUUGUGCAAGAAAAAAAAAAAAAGCUGAAGGAAAGGAUGUAUGGAGAAUAAUUUCUAAGAGAUUUACAGCUUGUGAAUUAUGUUCAGUGUUCCAUCCACAUCACUGAUGAUAGGAGAAAUUCUUCAAAUCUAUAAGACAUGAGCAAGCCCCUUAGCAUCUCUCUCUUUCUAUGUCCUCUCUGCCUAUGUGUCUGUCUUUUAUUUAGUUCUUACUCUUUGUAGUUGUGGGAGUUAUUAUUUGCUAAACUACCAUUUAUGAAAACUGCUGGUAUGUAUAUGUGGCCAAGUAUAACCUUUCCAUCAGAGCAUUAAGACACGCCAAUCUGCAUCAGUUGUGUUGUCCUUAGGGAGGAUGCAUAGUGUUACAUUUUAUUUGUCAUACAGCCCUUGUGCUUAUGUUCUUGUCAUCUUCUCUAUAGCACAGAUUUCUCCACUACAAACAGAAAAGAGAAGUUUUUUUUCCCUGUAUACAAGGUCAUUUGGUUUCUGCUCCCUUUUUUCAGCACCUGAUUUUGCUUUUUCAAUUUUUCUCCAUAUGAAUCCUAUGGAAUACAUCCUGAAGUGGCUUAGCUAAUGAAAAAGUCCUCCAUAUACAGCAGUCAAGAUGUUAAACAAGUUAUUCUUUCAAACAAAGUAAUCUGGAGGUUUUGAAGACAUUCAUAUCUGCUUUCUUUGAAGGGAGUUCAUUGCCUAAUGUAAAGUCCUUUUUGCUAUAAUAAAGCUUUUUUUCUCUAUAAAGCCCACAAUAAUCCUAAUGCAGAUGCAGAAUACUUACCAGUAUUGACAUGUCAUUCUUUGUGCUACUCAGAGUGCCCUUUAGAAAACGCCAAACACUGAAAUUGUAUGUUAGGUUUGCAGCAAUUUAUUGUCACGUCCACUACUCAUUUGUGUGGUAUGUAUUUGAAUAUUCUGUAUUUUUUAUAAGAAUAUAAAUAUAUUAUGUGACCUGUGCCUAAUGUUUUCUU